CACGCGACCCACCCGCCGCACGGGACCCACCCGCCGCACCACGCGCUGCCCUACGGCGUGCCGCGCGCGCUGCCGCCCCUACUGUACCGCCCCUACCGGCCCUACGCGUACGACGAGCCCGAAGACGGCGCUAGACCGGGGAAAAUGAGUCAACUAGCAACGCCGAUUGAAGAAGAGCAUCCAAAAACGGCGACAGAACCGAAUGCCGUACCGAGUGCAGCUGUAGUAAUUAAACCUACUGAACCUUUAAAACCCGAAGAUCAACAAUUUCCCGAAAAGCAAUGCCCUCCCACAUUUAUACCUCCAAAAAUUAUUUCGCAUUCUCCUAAAAUCUCACCUUCUUCAAUACCUAAUCCAAAUCCGAGUGUGACAACUACAAAACAAGUCGAACCAGGGUAUCCAAGUUAUGGCGGUUAUAUGUACUCAGUCCCCGGAUAUUCCGCCUUUCAACCAGUAUCGUAUUCAGGACUUGUUCAACCUAGUUCAACAACUAUACCUCCCGCUGUUAAUACAGAUAAUAAUAACACAGAUUUCAUCCCCUUUCCUGUCACAUCGGCUAAAGAUACUACUUUUGUUUCGAACGAAAAUGAAAAAAAAGAAAACACAGUAGCGGAAACAACGCGGAACAGUUUACCUAAAAUAGAGACAGAUUUCGAAGAACAGUUUAUGCCUGAAAUUAUUCCUGCCGUUUCUCUCAGUGAAGAUAAUAAAACUAAAACUUCGGAGGCAAAAAUGAGUGUAACAUCAAUAACUCAAGGUUCUGGAGCUAUCGUCACAAUACCUCCACAGGUUGGGAGUAAAGACAUUAAAAAGAAGGUUCCUGAAAGAUUUAGUUUAAAAACCAGUAUACCUAUCAGUAAAAUUGACAUGAAAUGUGUAAAUAACCCGCCAGAUUCAUUAUUUCAAAAUAAUUUACAAAAAAAAACUUUUAACCCAGCAUUUCACACACCAAAUGUAAAAGAAAGUGGACCGAAAAUUGAAAUACAAAGCAACAUUAUUAUUAAAACUGCACCUAAAGAAUCUGAUAUCAAAGACAUAUCAGCUAUGGCACCUCCUAAUAAUAGCAUUAGUACGUUAAUUAAUGCGGCAGAGGUGAUUAAUAAAACAGAUAAUCAAUAUAAAACAUCCGAAGUAAAACCAGAAAUAUCCAAUGACAGCAAAGAACCAAUAUUUAGUUCCUCAUCUACAAAUACGACAGCCUGUCCAUUAUUUAAUCCGAUUAAUAUAGAAUCGAACAAAUCUAAUUUUCAAAGUAAAUCACCCGAUUCAGCAUUUAAUGAAUCAAAAAAUCAAAUUGUCUUUAUACCAAAUAAAAAUCCAUCUAACGCUAAAAUGCUCUUAGCGAUCCAACAACAAAACCCACAAGUAUUAUUACAAAGAACAAAUUUCGAUUCAAAAAACCUGCAAGCUCCUUCACGACCAUCAAGUCAGCUAAAAAAAUGUAAAGAUGAACUCGUCAAUGAAAAUAAUACAUCUUCAAAAGUUGUUUCAUUAAAACGCAUGCAUCAAGAUAACUGCGACGAGAAUGACUUCGAAAAUUUAAUAACUGAAAAUCAAAUUUAUGGUAAUAAGAUUGUCGUGAAGGAGAAAUCACAAGGUACUUUACAAGAACAAGACUUAAAGAUAAAACCUAAAAUGGAAAAACCAAAUCAAGCUGAAAUGAAAAAUGUUGCUUUGCAACCAAACUUUGUUUAUCUUAGCAACGUACAAUUUCCAGCAAAUUUAAUGAUGAUCAAAAAUAAUUCUAAAGUUAGUAACGAAAGUACUAAAUUACGAGUAACAGCCAACGAAAACAAGCAAAAUGACUCAAUGGCGACUCCCAGUAAUGAUGUAAAAGUAGCAAAUAAAAGUCAAAAUAUACCAUCGGGAAAAGAAAUACAUGUUUUAAAAUCAAAUAAUAACGUGUUGCAAACACUUCCCAGCAAAAAUGGUAAGUCUGACUUACUUUUUCAAACUUUAAAUCAAAAAGUUAUAAUGAAUCCUCAAAUUGUCUAUCAAGUCCCCAUGAUAGUAGACACGGAUAAUAAAUUGAACCAGACAUUCAUCAAAGGCGAAUAUCCGAAGAUCGCAGGGCAAACUAAAAGGGAUGUACAGAAAAAUUUUGAACAAACAAAAACAAAUGAUAAGCUAUACAUUGCUUGUCCUUAUCAAAUGGACUCUAAGCUACAACCAAAGAUAGUAAUAACAAACAUAAGGCCUAAGUUAACUAAAUUAGAUGAAAUAAGUUCACUCGAUAUUUACGAACAGAGAAAAAGGUUACGCAGAUUAAAGUAUUUGUCAAAUCGAGAUCCAAAAUUUAACCAAAAUAAUGAAAAUCAAAAGACUGAAGCGAAAAAAAAUCUGGACCAUUUAAAAAAUAUAAUAACACCAGAAAAAAUGAAAGCUGAAAUUUACAAGGAAUUUUCAAGUACCAAAAUUAAUAUAGAAGCAGAUAGUACCGACAGCGAUAGUGAUUACGGAGAGGAUGAAUUAGAAACUUAUAAUUCUAUAAUAGAAGAGUACGGGGACGGUCCGGCGAAGAAUGAUACUAAGGCAUAUAAUAUCGGCAAACAAGCCGAAUUUCUCUCUAAUUUUAGGCUAGCGUCUAAAGAUGAAUUCAAAGAAAGAGAAUUGGAUCGUCAGGAAAGAACAUUAAAACGCGAUGCAGUGGCGUUGGCAUACAUAGCUGCCGGAAGAAUAGAUUGUCUAGUCAAUGAAAAAACUGUUCCAGAACAGUCUAAAGGAUGUAAUUCGAGUUUUAAAAAAUUAAAUACAGUUUUAGUAGAAACAGAACAAGCUGUCGAUCAAACAAGGAAACGGAAGUUUUUGUCAAAUUUAAAUUUGAUUAAAGCAUCUCCACAAUACAAACAAGAUUACGAAAAAGUUUGGCAAGAGAUAAUAAAAGAGAGAAAACGUAGAGAUGGUUCUGAUGGGUCGGGAAUACUUAAACAACCCAGACUUCAAAAAGAAAUUGUCGAGCUAGAUACAAAGGGUCAGUUGCAAAUUUUAACGGAAAUAAAGAAACAUGUUAACGAAAAUAACAAUCUAAUCAAAAAAAGGUUGGAUUCUUUCUGCGAAGAUGGGGACAGUAUAAAAGUGCUUGCAGAAAAGAACUUUUCAGAAUUAAAUAGACUAUCGAAAAUGGCGGACAGAAGCGUUAAACACUUUAGUGGUCAGGACACCCGGAAAAGAGAUCUUAAUCCCGGUUUCGACAGUGAAAACAUCCAGAAACGAACGAACCUAGGAAAGUAUUACCCCAAUAUAAAUAUUCCAAGUAUUUCUAAGAUAAUUUCGUUAAAGACAACACAAACUGUCGCCAUUGCAACUACAACUCCAGCGACCUCAAUGGACGAACCACAAAACUCGGCGGCUGGUGUCAACGAAAUGUUCGUUGAUGAUUCUGAAAAAGUUCACGAUUUUAGCUGCCAAGUUGAAAGAUCAUUUUCUUGGACAGGGGUCGAUGCUAUUACGAAAGCGUAUAAAGAAUACGAAAUAGCUCGCAAAAAGGAAAUAACUGAUCUCCACAAGCUAAACACGUCGUUACGCGUGGAAUCUGCUCACAUAACCCGUGCCGCGUCGCGCGACUCAGACCAAGCUAGAGCCCUCCUGGCUGAGAGACGAAACCUGGCUAACGAAGAACGAAUUGUUCGUAAUUCCAUACAGUGGCUAUAUUCAGUUGUUGACAUUAUCAGAAACUAUGAAGAAAAAAAUUGUUAA